AUGGCAGUUGGUAUCAACCUCCAGCUUAAGUUGGUAGGAGGGGAUAUUCUGAUAACAGCACAACAAAUGCCUCACUCCUGGCCAGUCUCACUAGCUGAACUCUGGUUGUGGCUGUGUUUUGCAGUGGGAAGAAUUACCUCCUGGUCAUGCAUUAGUGAGAGGCUAGUGUACUCACGUCGGUCCUUUAGUGCCCGGGAUAAGGUGUCAGGCACUGUCCUGAGUUUCACCGGCACUGAACAUUCCCUUCUACAGUACCCAUGUAAUGACGGUGACCCUUGGGGACGCCCCAGUCCAGCCCUGUACCUGGGACAGAAGGUUUUCCUCAGCACAGAUGGAUUUGAAACCAGCCUCCUGCCACUGACCAUCCCUUCUGAGCUAGAGACCCCAAAUGCCUCAGUCAGUGCUGCAGCCUUUGUGAAGAAGGAUCAGAUAGUAAUGGUGAUAAAUGGACGGGUCUAUCUCUACUUCUUCAUAGCUGGGGAGAAGGAAUGGCUCCCAGUACAGGGGAUCAAUUUCUUGGUCACCAAGCUCUCAAACACCCACUGCUGCUACCCAGGGCAGGACCCAGCCUGCCAAGCCAUCAGUAUGACUAUUUUUGCCUAUGAGACUGGGCAUUCAGCCUCCAAAAGCCACAUCUUCCGGUCAGAGGAUGGAGGCCACACGUUCACUGCUCUGAAGCUGAGCCCAGAACUGCAAGGGGUGCUGCUUGGUGUCUACAGUUUUGUUUCCCUUUCCCAGACUGGAUUGCUCAUCAAUCACACCCACAGCGGUGGGGAGGGGAAAGGAGGAGGAGCCUAUUUCUCAUACACCGGGAGCAACAUGAGCCACAUGUACAGCCACAACUCCAUGGGCUUCAACCUGACGUCCACAGGGGGCCCUGAUGUCCAGGGUAUCCAACACCCUUACCUGUGGGGCUUCACCAUCCUCUGGACCAAAGAUACGCUGCUGAUCUCCUCCAGUAAUGGCUUGCUUGUGGAGCCAGUGAUUGUGCAGACAAAGGUGUUUUCCAGAACCUCCCUUUCUUUCCCUGGUGGCAGCCUCUGUCACGUGGCCAUCAGCAACACUGAGAUUGCAGCCCUGACCCAGGACCAUCGGCUCUUCCAUGGCAGCAUAGACAUGGUCUCCACAACUAUGGUGCAGGUUGGAGAGCGCAACAGCAGCCAGAAAGGCCUGUGCAAUGCUGCGCUGAUGUUCGACAAAAUAGGGAUGCUAACCGUGUUGAGCCCUGUACCUACCAAUAGUUCCUGGUCCUAUAACUUCCAGAAAUGCACCUUGAACAUGCAGUUGCUGAUCAUGGAGUUUUGGCCACCUCUGCAAGCCUGCCCAGUUGAGAUCCUCAAGGGCCAUUUCCACAACAAGGUCCAUUAUAUCGACAUGCACCAGAAGCUGAACUUUAGUGCCACGUUUGUGCCAAAGCCAGGCACUGGGGCUUUUCCAGUGGUGACUGUGAGCAACCCCCACGUGCUAGGGUUCCAGGCACGGAUAACAGAGGAUGGGUACACAUAUGACGGGAACACCAAGUACAGCUUGCACAUGCAGCUACUGCAGCAGUGCUUCUCUGGCAUGGCAGAACCUCAUUUCAGUGACACCUUCCCCUCUGGCGGGAUGUCUAUCCUUACUGUGGACAUCCCCAACAAAGGACCCAGCUGCACUGAUAUGCAGCCUUUGUCUGCACUUAUCAACGUAGGUUGCCCACCUACUAAACACAUUAAAGUUUUUAAAAACACAACAGCAUGCAGCAAAGGCCUGUUUAACGAAGGCAUGCUGCAAGAUAAUUUCACUUAUACGAUCAGCCACAAUUUAUAUGACCCACAUUUUCUUGCCACACCAGAGUUGGGUCAAAGUGAUCUUGAAGUUCUAUACGAGUUUGAUAAACUGGGGUGUCCUCUUCUGCUGUAUUAUGAUACUCCUUGGCUGCCAAUCCUUGAACUGUGGGAAAAUGAUGCAUUUGUGGAGUAUGUUUCUGCUGACUUUGUUGUGUUUGAAGUCAAUGGAAUGUAUAAUUAUGAUUAUCUCUUGACAGCUGCUGAAGCCAAUUGUAUCUCUCAACCUCAGAAUUGGACUGCUUUGAUACAAAAGCAAGAUUCUCCAAAUCCACAUACUGCAUGGAGCAGAAUGAACUAUGAAAGCUGUGAGAAUCAUGAUGGACCUAAAUUAGUAUCACCCUCAGCCAAGUAUCAAAUUCUUGCUCAAAAUAAAAAGAACAAGAUCAUUUUUUCACACUAUAAUGGCUUUUAUAUCUUUGAAGCCAUUGUGGUGGACAAAUUAUAUAGUUACUGUGAACUCUCUGCAACUGUCAGUGUAUAUGUCACUGGUGCCCUCCCAAAGUCUUACAUACAUGCGUGGACAACACUGACAGCUUUUCUGACUCUCAUUCUGAUUGCAAUUUUGAUGGGAUACCUCUUACAUAAACUAUCACUUAUGAAAAAAUCCCCAAAAGUUAAAGUAUUUUGAGCAUAAUCAUUUAGAAAUCUAGUAUGGUGGUCAGGGAAAUUGAUGUGGGUAGUGUUAAGAAUUCUAAUAGGCUAGUUUUUUAUGAAAUAAUCCCCAUUGAGGCAGGCUGAUUAAAAUAAAGAAUUCCUAUGUAUGAAAGAGGAAAUGGUAAAAGGAACUGUUAUAUGUUUUCUAACUUUAGAGAUGUUGGAGCAGUGAUGUUUUUACUCCAAGUGAUUAGAUCUUUAAAGGGUGGACAUUCCUUUAGAUCUGUUUUAACAUACUAAUUUAUCUUUCCCAAUUCUUUUUCUCAUUUUCAUGCUGUAAUCUAUUUUAUUGCUAAUAUAUUGCUUUUAAGUGUGUCACCUUUUGUUAAUGGAGUCAAUUAUAUUAACCUAUUCAAGAGCUGGAUCUUCUAAUCCAGCUGACCCUUUUCUCAAAAAAGAAUAAGGAUGUUCUUGGAACAUGGCUAGUGCUUGUUCCAUGGACAGUAUGUCAAUGGAAAUCCAAGAGAUUCCUCUGUUUCCUCUAUUUUACAUUCCUGUUGUGAUUUUCCUCCUCUUCCACCAUUUGCAAUAUUAAUUUUAGUUUAUAUCCCAUUCCAUUUCAUUUGCUGGAUGGCAGAAUACUGACAUUUCUAUUGGGUUCUAAAGAACUCUCCAUCAAAACAGUAAAAUACAAUUAUUCGCCAAUAUGAGAGAAUUGCAUGGAUUCUGAAAACAUUGUUGAGGUUGAAUAGCGCUUGGCUUCAAUGGGAUUACUAGCCUGAGUAUAUACGAAUUAACAUGAAUAAAGGUUGCAGAAUGUGGCCCCUGGGUUAGUUCAUUAAGUUAGGUUUUUUUAGUUGACAGACCAAUGGUUUCCUGUUGUGUCAUGUGGUCAACCAAGUAUUACCUAUUUAAUGAAUGUACCAUGAAACUUUUAUGUGGUCCACUGCCAUAAUCAAUUCAUACUCUUCACCAUUGAGACUCUCAACCCCCUCCCCCACCCCCCACACACACUUGCAAGGACCUUUCAAAUCUGUAUUAAUAGACUUUUUUAAAAAAACUUUACUGGUGGGUACAACGUAUGGGCUAACACGACAGUGGCAUGCAACAGAAACAAACCAAAAACCAUGACAUUCAUCAUUUAAGAAAAACUGUGAUUUUGUCUGCACAUUUCAUAUUGUCUUGACUAUAGAAAAAGUAUUUUAAUGUUAAUUAACAUUUUAAUAUAGCAAAAGUAUUAUAGACAAUUGUCUUUACAUCUUUGUAGUAAAAUUGUUCAUUUUUAUUUGUUGUUAACUGAGGGCUCAUUUGUGGAUUUCUUGUAUUUAUUAGGCCUAGAGCAAGUGAAGCAACAAUAUAGUUUCUUCAAAUAAGGUGCUUUAGAUUCAUUAUGCUUAUAAGGACAGAACUUUUGCUUUUUUUAACCUGCAUAUUAUAUGGAUGUUCUUUAGAUUUAAAAAUAAAAAUUUGUCCAUUUAAAAAAAA